UUCAUAGGUUUGAAAAUACAAUUUCGUCUCUCCUUUGCAUGUUCUCCCGCCAAGCUGGGCUCAGCCGUUUCUCUGAGAGAGAGAGAGAGAGAGGCUGUAUGUAGAUGAUCGUGGCUGAAAAUGGAGGCGAAAAGGUGGAUCGAUGUAGACGAGAGCGCAGCGGAGAUGCUUGCUAGGGUUUCAACCGAACGCCCCUUUCUCCUUCUUCCUCCGCUUCACCGUCUUCCUCUGCGCGUCGGCAAUGUCGUCGAGCUCGUCGGUCCCUCUCCUUCUUCUAAAACUCUCAUCUUAAUUCAGGCUGCUAUUAGUUGCAUUCUUCCUAAGGAAUGGAAUGGGGCCCACUACGGAGGUUUGGAGCGUCCGGUGAUGUUCAUUGACCUCGAUUGUCGCUUCGAUAUUUCAUGCCUUUCGAAAAUGUUAAAGCAGCGAAUGAUGGAAGCAACUGGGUCAAUCGUUGAGAGAAAUCAGGAGCAAGAUAAUGUUGAUACUCAGUCAUGUCAUAAAAUAAGGAAAUCUCAUAUUGCUUAUGAUGUGGAAUUAUAUGCUUUGUGCAUGAGACGGUUCUUGUAUGUCCGCUGUUAUGAUAGCUUUGAGUUUCUUGCCACUCUCAAGACAUUGUAUCAUCAGCUUAAUGAGGUAAAAGAAGAACAAAGAUCAAGUGUGUACUUGCUAAUGAUUGACAGCAUUGGAGCUUUUCAUUGGAUAGAACGUGCCUUGACAUUAUCUCUGUCAAGGAAUACAAACAGCUUAGUUUGCAGGAAAAGCUUUUCUCUUCAGAGUAUUUCAGAAACUGUAGUUCAGGAGAUGAAGAAGCUUCUACUCGUGCACCCCAUGCUUGUUAUAGCUACAAAAACAACCAAUUUGGGGGAAAGAUAUUCUGCCAAUGAGGUUCAGCGAAAUUUUUUUUUCCCGGACACCCCAGAUUAUAGGAAUGUAGCAAGUACUACUCACAAACUACCCUAUCGUGAGUAUAUGCCCUCUGUCUGGCAGUCUUUUAUCACACACAGAAUACUAGUACGAGCCUCAGCUGAUGAUAAUCUCACUACAAGGCAUCAUCAAAAUUGCCCAGUCUACAUAUCUGAAUGGUUACUGCCUCAAUUGAAUGUUUUGGACAAAUUUAUAGUGAAAGAUGGCUUCAUCUUUAUUGUCCUAUGAAGUGAAUUCUGGUGUGAUAUUGCUUCCGAUCCUCUUCCCUCAUUCUAGAUGUCUUUUCUAAGACCGGGUACUUUUCUCCAAUAAUGUAGGUCCUUAAUUUUUGUAUUUUUCAGUUAUCCCACAAUUAUGAA